UCAGAGGCUGUUCAUACCCUGCUAGCUGUUCCCCAUUCAGUCAUCAAACCAACCCUCUCCGGAAAAGUCAGAAGAUAAUAAAUGAUGAAAAUGAUUGAGGAGGUCCAAUUCCACAGGAAAGGGCUUAGCUUUGGAUUCUUUGCUUAACAGGAGCAAAAGGGUCAAUCAAUUUGGCAACUUCUCGGGUUGAUGGAAUUGUGGGAGAUGAGUUGGGGUGUUGAUGAUGAUGCCUUGUGGGCUCGGUCAAUGCCUUUCCCUUGUCUAAAGCAGAAUCUCAAGUCUAAUGAAACAUAAUGAGAGCUAGAGAUUGGCUGGACAAGCGGAGAGUUGGCAUUAGAGAGAAAUUGCAAAAGAUGAUGAAGUGCAUUUUCUCUGGGGAGCAGCAGCUAAGGGCAGAUGAAGCAAUGGACUCCUCGGAGUCAUUGGCCACUAGAGAUUAUUCAGCGAGUGGAUACUCAUCUCGGGCUGCUGAGGUGGAACCAAAGGUGGAUACCAGUAACAUCGAAGAAGCUGAGUCCUCCCUCCGGGAGAGUGGCUAUCUAAACUAUGAGGAAGCUAGAGCAUUGCUAGGGAGGCUGGAGUACCAGAAAGGCAACAUCGAGGCUGCUCUUCAUGUAUUUGAAGGAAUAGAUAUUGCUGCUGUCACUCCCAAGAUGAGAAUAUCAAUUGCUAGAAAAUAUGAGAAUUCAAGGCGCCGCUCACAGAGCGAAGCAGCUCCCCUCAUGUCUAUGCAUGCCGUCAGUCUGCUCUUUGAGGCUAUCUUUCUCAAAGCAAAAUCAUUAGAGCGACUUGGAAGGUUUAGUGAAGCUGCAAAAACGUGCAAAAUCAUAUUGGAUACCGUUGAAUCUGCACUUCCAGAAGGUCUGCCUGAAAGCUUCAUGACCGAUUGUAAACUGCAGGAAACUUUAAACAAGGUUGUAGAAUCGCUUCCAGAGUUGUGGAAGCUCUCAGGGGACUUCCAGGAAGCCAUCUUAUCGUACAGGAAGGGCCUGCUUUACCAUUGGAACCUCGAUGUAGAAACCAAGGCAAAAAUUGAGAAGGAAUUCGCCAUCUUCCUUUUAUACAGCGGAGUUGAGGCGAGUCCUCCUAAUUUGCGGUGGCAAAUUGAUAGUUCCUUUGUGCCCAGGAACAACAUUGAAGAGGCAGUACUCUUGUUGGUUAUACUACUUAGGAAGUUCUCGCUUGGGAGAAUGAAGUGGGAUCCGUCGAUCCUUGACCACCUCACAUUUGCCCUCUCUGUCUCAGGGGGAUCACGGGCCCUUGCCCAUCAGGUCGAGGAAUUGCUCCCAGGAAUAUUGGAACGAAAUGACAUGUACUGUAUUUUAGCCCUCUGUUACUAUGGGGAAGGUGAGGAUAUAGUUGCCUUAAAUCUUCUUAAGAACAUGUUGGAUAAUCAAGAAAAUCCAGAUUGUGCUUUUGUGCUCCUACUUGCUUCCAAAAUUUGCGGAGAAAAUGCAUUUUCUGUGGAACAAGGCAUAGAUUAUGCUCAGAAAGUGAUAAAAAAGUUGACUGGAGGAUGUGCCCAGAAGGCCAGUGUUGCGAAUUGCAUGCUUGGACUUCUAUUAUCGGCCAAAUCUCUAUUGGUUUCUUCAGAUCUUGAGAGAAUUUCAUGCACGUCAAGAGCUCUUGAAGCAUUUGAAGCAGCAGAGAGAUUAAUGACAGAACGGGAUCCCAUUGUUGUGUAUCAUCUCUCUAUAGAGAAUGCUGAGCAGAGGAAGUUGGAUUUAGCACUUUAUUAUGCGAAGCAGCUGCUGAAGCUAGAGGCUGGGUCUAGUGUUAGAGUUUACGUUCUAUUGGCUCGAAUUUUGUCAGCUCAAAAACGGUUUUCUGAUGCCGAGACCGUGAUAAAUGCCGCUUUGGAUCAGAUGGGAAAGUGGGACCAAGGUGAGCUGCUCAGGACGAAAGCAAAGCUUCAAAUCGCUCAGGGACAGUUGAAGAAAGCUAUAGAGACAUAUAGUCGGCUUCUUGCUAUUCUACAGGUGCAGGCUAAGAAUUCAGGAUUGGCAAAAAAUCUUCACAAGAGUGGGGGACUGCGUGAUAGGAGUCUGGAAAUGGAAACAUGGAACGACCUUGCUGGUGUGUACACGAGCUUGUCCCAGUGGCGUGAUGCUGAAGCCUGCCUUGUGAAAUCAAAGGCUAUUAGUCCUUUCUCAGCCUCUAGACUGCAUAAUACGGGUUUACUCUACCAAGCCAGAGGGCAGUACAAAGAUGCCUUGAAGUCCUUCCAGGAGGCACUAAAUCUCGAGCCUAACCAUGUCCAGAGCUUGGUGUCCAUGGCACGUGUCCUCAAGCAGCUUGGGACCCAAUCCAUGUCUGUCGUCCGAAGCCUUCUCACUGAUGCACUUAGACUCGACCGGACCAAUGCUUCAGCAUGGUACAAUCUCGGACUGCUCUACAAGGCUGAUCCUGAAGCUUCGGCCCUAGAGGCUGCUGAAUGUUUUGAGGCCGCCACUCUUUUAGAAGAAUCUGCCCCCAUCGAACCAUUCCGAUGACCUUGACAGGUGCCAGUGGCUCGUCUCACUCGUCUCUGUGGUUUUUUUAAGUUUUGGUCCUUUCUGGCUGGAAAUUUUUUGCAGCAGAAAUGUUGUUCCUCUCUGUCACUGAUAAAAUAGUAUAUAUGGUUUCCCUUCUCGCACAUCGUCCACUUGGGACCGAUGUCUGGUAUAUAGUAUAGGUUGGAAAGAAAUUAAAGGGAAUGAAGGUUCCUAUUCCCUUCAGUCUCCGGCCACUUUAGGGCUAUUGAAGAAAGGAAUCCUGGCAGUGCCGGAUCAGCUGCGUUGCAUUAUUGCCAUUUCUGGGCUGAGCAGUUAGCCACAUUAUACCAUUAGGGCAAAUGUAUUGUUCCAUAUCAUAAAAUGAUCCACGACAGUGAUCAUGUAUACUGCAUGUCGAGACAUUCUUCAUCGACA